CGCACGACAGUGGACGCCUGCCUUCUCGGACAACACACGACGCGAUCAAGAGAGAGAGACGAAUGCUUCCUUCUCCUCCUUGAAAGUGACGACGAGAAGGAGAAGAGAUUCCAGUUUACAGAGAGCAGCGAGAAAAAGAGAGGACAGAGAGAGGGUUCUCGAUCUACGAAUAUUUAAAUAGUUGUUUCAAAUCUCGCCUACAUAUACUAUUGCUUUCUCUCUCCUCUCUCCCUCUCUCUCUCUUCCCUCCGCCAUCUUCCUCGCGGCCUCCGCCGCUUGAUCUCGUCCCCGGUCGACCACUUUCGAUUCGGAGGUAAUUGCUCCUCCGUCUCGACCAAAGAUUCGAUCUUUGGCUGCUUCCCGUGUGCUUUGUCGUUCGAAUCGGCGGUUUCCCCCCAGAGGCAACAAUUCCGACCUGUUCUUUCUUAUAUUUGCAGUUAAGUUGUCAUUUUGAUUAAGAGAACUUGGAGAGUUGAUUCUUGUGGAUUCCCGAUGAUCUUUGGUCAUACAGAUCACGUGGUAGUAGCUGAUGAUAAAGAAGUCAUAAUUAUGGUGAAACUGUUGUGAUUAGAAGAGCAAGAUGAAGAUACCUCAGGCAUGGCAAUUUCGCAAUGGCAAUGUGCAAAUCAUUCCAGUUCAAUUCCGUAGAUCUAGAUCGAGAAGGCCUCACUGGAUUAUCAUCUUGAUAUGCUUGGUGUGUGUCUCCUUGAUUGGGGCAUACGUCUAUCCACCUCGUCGAUAUUCAGCUUGCUAUUUCUUUUCUUCGAGCAUUUGUAGUCCUUUGAAGGAUUUGCUGCCUCCUACGGCCCGUGUACUUACUGAUGAUGAGUUUGCUUCGAAUGUUUUAAUUAAAAACAUUCUUUCUAUGCCGUCUGUAGAGCUGAAAAAUUCAAAAAUAGCUUUCAUGUUCCUGACUCCUGGUUCACUGCCCUUCGAGAGACUCUGGGAGAAAUUCUUUCUGGGCCAUGAGGGAAGAUUCUCCAUCUAUGUACAUGCAUCACGAGAGAAGCCAGUCCACGUGAGUCCUUUAUUUGAUGGUCGAGACAUUCAAAGUUCAAAGGUUGUGUGGGGUAAGAUCUCUAUGGUUGAUGCAGAGAAGAGACUUCUGGCAAAUGCAAUCCAAGACCCUGAGAAUCAGCAUUUUGUGUUGCUCUCCGACAGCUGUGUUCCCCUUCAUAAUUUUGAUUAUGUCUACAAUUAUCUGAUGGGAACGAAUGUCAGUUUCAUUGACAGCUUCCGGGAUCCUGGUCCACAUGGAAAUGCCAGGUACACUGAACAUAUGCUGCCUGAGAUUGAGGAGGACGACUUCAGGAAGGGUUCACAGUGGUUCUCAAUGAAGCGACGACAUGCUUUAAUAGUAUUGGCAGACAACCUUUAUUAUACAAAAUUCAAGCUCUAUUGCAAGCCAGGUUUUGAUGGUCGCAACUGUUAUGCUGAUGAACACUAUCUGCCAACUCUAUUCAAUAUGGUGGAUCCUAUUGGAAUGGCCAAUUGGUCGGUGACACAUGUUGAUUGGUCUGAAGGAAAGUGGCAUCCGAAAGCUUAUCGGGCUCAGGAUGUUACUUAUGAGCUUCUGAAGAACAUAACAUCUAUUGAUGAGAAUUACCACAUUACCAGUGAUGAGAAGAAAGUGGCAACUCAGAAACCCUGUUUAUGGAAUGGAAUGAAGAGACCAUGCUAUUUGUUUGCGAGGAAAUUUUACCCCGAAGCUCUCGACAAUCUGAUUCACUUAUUCUCCAACUACACCGUCAUAUGAUUUAUCCACAGAGUUCGGGAUCUACCUUCAGUCGACACAUUUUUUAAGUCAGUACCCCAUGAAAACCGCUGUAGAUUGUGAAGCUCGAACUCUUUUGGCACCAAUCUCGACAUCGAAGCCACAGAAGAUUGUUGGAACAGUUGGGAUGACUCAGAAUUAUGUUUCUGAGCAGGAGGGUGAAAGUGACUCCUUUUGUUGGUGCACUACACCCUGUGGAUGUCUCCUCUUUACAGUGUGUUGUGUUUUGAGGGCAAAUUUUGUCGUCUCCAUUCAACUCCAUACAAGUCCAAAGUCUUUGAUUCUUUUGUGUAGUGGAAGAGGUUUCAGGGAAUGCAUGCUCUGAUCAUAUAAUUCUUACAUUUUGGAAAGCCAAUCUUUGCUACAGUAAAAUAGAUUAUAUUAUAUUA